AUUUUAGUAUUUUUAGUCUAAAAAGUAAAGCCCUUUCUCUCUCGUUUCUCAAUGGUUGAUCGAUGCACUGCUCGAACCCUAGGGUGUGAAUUUCAUCUUCUUGAACCUCUUCUCUCUCUGUUUCUCUGCAUCAGCGAUUCAUCUUGGCUUGCAGUAUGAUUUCUGCUACUUGCAAGAUGUUAGAAGUUGAUUUUGAUUUGAACCGGGCAACCGAUCGGUCCACACUCUGUUGAGAUUUCCACUAAAGGCAGGAUCGACAUUGGUUUAAAUUAACCCUAUGUUGGGGGUAUCCACCUACGAUAAUUCUUUGAAGGCUUUUAAAAGAUGAAGCUUGAAACUCGACCUAGCCACACUUGCUAUAAUUUGCAACUCACUCGAGAAGGUUGGUAGUGAUUUUGGUUGGUCCAUACAGCACAAAUGGUAAUGAUAAAAAUUGAAAUCUUGAAGCAUUUAGUCAGUUAAGAAGCUAGAAUAUUAAAGGGAGAGAAUAAAAUUGCAGUGUAAGUGGAUGGUGGACAGAAUUGAAAAUCUAGCCACUGACAGUCAUAUCAUGAAGACAGGGGUUUUAACAGAUCUAGAUGAGGCAAAUUUAUUUGAUGUUGUUGUUGAAGUGGACCCACAUGUUUUCAUGGAUGAAGAAGAUUUUUUUGAUGAUGUCAAUGGAGAUUCAGCUGACUCAGUUGUGGAGUUCAAUGUUUCUGAUCUAGUAUGGAGCAGAGUACCGAGCCAUCCCUGGUGGCCAGGGCAGAUAUGUGAUCCUGCAACAUCAUCAAAAAAAGCCAUGAAAUAUUUCAAAACAGGCAGAUAUCUGAUAGCCUUUUUUGGGGAUCAUACAUUUGCAUGGAAAGAAGCAGCGAUGGUAAAACCUUUUGAGGAAUAUUUUUCAGAGUUGCAGAAGCAGAACAAAUUGGAAAGUUUUCAUCAGGCAAUUGAUUGUGCUUUGGAAGAGUUCUCCAGACGAGUUGAGUUUAGCCUUGCAUGCUCUUGUUUAUCAGAAGAAUUGUAUUCCAAGCUUCGAACUCAAACAAUUACUAAUGCAGGAAUCCGCAAGAAGUUGAGUAAAAGAGUGGGUGGGGACAGCUUUCUUACUGCAGAAUCUUUCGAUCCAAUGAAGCUUAUUAACAUUGUUAAGGAAGUAUCCAUGUCACCUGUUGGUGAAGCUGACAAGUUAGAACUAGUUCGCGCACGUGCUCAGUUGUUGGCAUUCAAUCGAUGGAAGGGCUAUUAUGAACUGCCCAAGUUUCAUAAACACAGUGUAGUGUUCAAUGAUAUUGAUCACAUUUUGGAUGUAAAAAACAAUUAUCAAAGUGAAUUGGUGAAGGAUAUAGCUAUAGACAUCAAACAUGAUGAAGCGACCCCAAGUGGGGAAGGAAACUUGAAAUCUCAAGAUGAUUCCAGUGGCAAGCGCAAGGAUAAUUCUGAAGACUUAAAAGACUCUAGUGAAAAGGGCAAGAAUUUGUCUAAUUCAAUGUCCGAGAAGCCUCGUCGUGGUAGGAAGAAGAAACAUAGAUCUGAAGACUAUGCUGGCAAUGAAUUGAGUUUGCAUGCUUCAAGUACUAAAGAUGAGGUAGGUUGUAAUGACAUUUAUACCAACAUUCCAAUAACUCAUAUUGAGUCUAGUAAAAUGGGCAAGAAUCUGUCUAAUUCAAUGUCCGAGAAGCCUCGUCGUGGCAGGAAGAAGAAACAUAGAUUUGAAGAGUAUGCUGGUAAUGAACUAAGUUUGCAUGCUUCAAGUACUAAAGAUGAGGUAGGUUGUAAUGACACUAAUACCAACAUUCCAAUGAAGACUGGCCAAACUUUUAGAGUUGGAGAUCGCAUUCAAAAGGUUGCUUACAUAUUGAAUGAGUCGAAUCCAAUAUUGAAGCAUGAUGAUGGAAUAUCUGAAAAAGUUGUUUCCAAGACGAGACGAGGCAGAAAGCGGAAGGAAACUUCAGAACUAGUUUCUCGCGGGAAGACUGGAAAUAAAGCGACGAAGCCAAAUAGAAGAAGAAACGCAGACCCAGUAGAAUCAUUUGACUCUGAAUUUAUGAAGGACACAUAUUGGACUGAUAGGUUAAUCCAGGGCAUUGCUGAAGAUCAAUUAUCUUUUGAAAAUCAAAAUGAAACUGUGGAUGUCCACGUCCAGACUGCAAGUGAAAGGGUUGUCCCUCCUGGUCUGAAUUCUACUGAUCAAGAUGAGCCUCAUGAAUGUGUGAAACCAGAAUCAGAACCUCAAGAUAGGUUAAUCCAGGGCAUUGCUGAAGAUCAAUUAUCUUUUGAAAAUCAAAAUGAAACUGUGGAUAUCCAUGUCCAGACUGCAAUUGAAAGGGCUGUCCCUACUGUUCUGCAUUCUAGCGAUCAAGAUGAGCCUCAUGAAAGUGUUGGACCAGAAUCAGAGAAUAGUGUGGAGGAUCCCUAUCCCACAGCUCUCAUUUUAACCUUUACAGACUUGGAUUCUGUUCCUUCAGAAACAAAUUUAAAUGAUAUAUUUAGAAAAUACGGCCCUCUGUACGAGUCGAAGACUGAAGUAAUGAAGAAGAGUAGACGAGCUAAAGUAGUUUUCAAGAGAACUUCUGAUGCUGAAACAGCUUUCAGCAAUACGGGAAAAUGUAGCAUUUUUGGGACUGCACUUGUUAGUUACCGCCUCAAGUUCUUGCCUCCUGCCAAAGUUUCUUUGCGUCAGACCAGGAGAUGCAGAAAAGAAGCGAAUCUUGAGAAUAAACUGCUACUUGAUGCCUAAAGAUUCAGGUUUUGAAAUGCAGCUUCUCUCCAACUUAAAGAGAAACUAGCAUGUACUACUUUCGCCUUAAGUGAUGUCUGUUUUCACUUCAUAUUGAUAGUUUAACUUGGUAGAGUUAACUUGCAAAUAAAUAGGACAUGGCUGAUACUUUUUUCUUAGGCAUGGUAGUAAAGAUACUUGGAAUUAGUUUGUACAUGGUAGUUUAUCUGUCAAAGGGCAUAUUGGAGUGAAAUCAUGUCCUCAUGCACUGCCUUUCGAAUUUUGUAGGACAAUAUAUUUGUAUGUUGUACUACUGAAUCUUGGAUUGUUGUCUAAGGUAAUGUAUUUUCUUAACCGAAUUUUACUAUA